AUGCCCCUGAUCCCCUACGUAAUCGAGAAGAGCGGCCGUGAAGAACGGGCGAUGGACAUCUAUAGCCGGCUCCUCUCGGACCGGAUUAUCUUCUUGGGCUCCGGCGUGAACGACGAAGUGGCCAACGCCAUCGUCGCACAAAUGCUGUUCCUGCAGUCGGAAGACUCGAAGGCCGACAUCCAUCUCUACGUCAAUUCACCUGGUGGUAGCGUGAGCGCCGGACUGGCGAUCUACGACACCAUGCAGUUCGUCACCUGCGACGUGGCCACCUACUGCAUCGGUCAGGCCGCUUCGAUGGGUGCCGUGUUGCUCACGGCCGGAGCCAAGGGCAAACGCUACGCGCUGCCCAACUCGCGAAUCAUGAUCCACCAGCCACUGGCCGGCAUGGAAGGCACCGCCGAAGAAAUCAUGAUUCAUGCUAGGGAAUUCAGGAAGAUCAAGGCGAAGCUGAACACCAUUCUGCUCCGCCACACGGGUCACCCGCUUGAGAAGAUUGAAGAAGAUACGGACCGAGACCGAUUCAUGGACUCGGAUGAAGCUCGCGACUACGGUCUCAUCGACAAGGUCAUCGAACACAUCGAUGCGGUUACUACCAUGCGUUGGCUGUCACCGAUAGCACUGUUCUGCUGUGUUGCCCUUGUUGGUUGUCGCAGCAACAACUCGGACCGGGCCUAUCUCUAUCAAGAGCUCCGCGAGCAAGAAGACGAAAUCUACGCGCUCGAGGACAUGCUCGACCAGUACGAAGCCAAGCUAGCUUCCAGCCGGCGAGCCAACGAAUCGCUCCGCCGCGAGCUUGCUGGCGGCGAUGGCGACGACGAUCCCACGCGCUCGUCCAUUCCGCAGACCUUCCAGCCGCCGCGAAUCGACUUCGUGCCCCCCAGCACGCCCGAUUCCGAUGCCCCUCGCUACGAGCCAACUGAACCGCUGCCGGCCCCCAGCACGCUCCCGCUCGAUGCGCCCGAGCUUGAGAUGCCCGACCCCAGCGAAGAUGACAGCAUCCGGCAGUCUGCCUACUACGAGCUCUACCCGUCCGACGACAGUUCCGGCGAAGCGGGCUCGCUGCUGAAAUUCCGCCAGCAGCAGAAGGAAGAAGAGAUCACCGACUAUCGGGUCGAUCGCAUCACACUCAAUCGCCAGCUCACCGGCGCACACAAUCGCGACAAGCUGCCUGGCGACGAAGGCGUCUACAUCGUCGUCGAGCCAAAGAACAAAGCCGACCAGGUGAUCGACGUGCCAGGCAAGCUGACCAUCGUGGUGAUGGACCCACAGAAACGCGGCCCCGAGGGACGCAUCGCACGCUGGGACUAUACCGCGGAGGAAGCCGCCAAUAGUUUCCGGCAAUCGAUCUUCGGCCGCGGGAUGCACCUCGAACUGCCCUGGCCGGGCGAGGCACCACAAGCCGAAGAGUUGAACCUCUACGUCCGCUUUAUCACCGACGACGGACGCCGGUUGAUCGCCGAAAAGUCGAUUCACCCCGAUCCACUUCCAACGACCGAGUACGUCGACGGAAGUCCCCCGCCGUGCGACGAUUGCUUGUCAGAGGAUCACUCCAGCGAGGAAACAACCUCGCUUGCCGGAGAAAGCCACGAUAGCUGGCGGCGCCGCACUCGUUCGUUCCGAUCGCUCAUUCCGGCCACGACAAGCCAGGCCCGUACCGCAUCGCUCGACGCACUGCGUGAGCCCGAGCCGGCCAUCGGCCUCCCAACCACCGCCUCGACAGCGAACUUCGAUGCUCCGGUCGAGGUCGACCUGGGCCCCAGUCGCGAGGCCCCGCAGUCCGCAAGGUUACUGCAAACCUCGGGCGAACAAGCCGCAAACAACGCCGAGCUCGAUUCCGAGGAAGUUCCCUACGAGUUCGGUCCGCAACGCCCGGAUAUCACGGCCGUUGAGCCCGAACCUCGCGAAGUGAUCGAGGAACCCGCUCCGCCGAAACAAGCCCGUCGUCGGGUCGAGUGGUCGCCGUACCGGUAG